UAUCUAUCUUUAUGGUCCAAAAUCUUAGGCAGAAAAAAAUUACUUAAAUAAAAUUGACCUAUGUGGGUGAUCUGCUUGAUAAAAUAAGAAAAACUAUAAGCUGCCAGGAACACUUAUUUGGAGUGUCACUCUGUCCCUUGAAACCAGGAGCAAGAGGGCUUCUUCUGGAAGAGGCCAGUUUCAUCCAUCAUUCAUUCAUCUGAAUGAUAAUUAUUCUCCGCGGUUUUCUUCCUCAACGUUUUAGGAUUUUUUCGGCUGCUUCUGAAUCAGCUGAUGCCAUUUCUCUGUGCAACGGAAGUAACUUUGGUUAUAACGACUCAGGAACUUAUGGAACCAGCUGUUACUGUAAUAUGUUCUUUAAUGAAUGAAUAGUGACCUGAAUAGUGACCUGAACUAUUCAGUGAGUCUCUACUGUUUGAAUGGAUCUCCACCUGAAGGCUGAUGCUCAACUAGACCCUCAGAAACCAAACCAGCAGAUGCUGUUAGUUGUUGACUAAAGGAAGAGAUUCUCUGACUCCUGUUUCUCUGCAUCUAAACAUCUAAAAAGCUUAUCUUUUCUUCAGUAGAUCCAUGUGAGUCCAACAGUUUCAAGCUGUUUCAGCUCCAAGAAAUCCAAACCUCAGAGUCAGAAAUCUAAAUUAUUUUGAGUAAAAAGGAUCAAACAGAUAAAACUUUCAUGUAUCAUCUUUUCUGGUAAAUGGUGUAUGUUUACAUAACCCUUCUUUACUAGAUUUUUUUUUGUUUUGUUUUGUUUUCAAUGGAGAACUCUGUUCUGUGCUGAAGAAGGACUUCAUGGAGCUGCUGGUUCAUCUCUACAGCUGCUGCUCUCCUGAAGGUUUCUGUUCAUUCCAGAGACUCCUCAUCCUCAGAGAGGAAGAGUCACACUAUGGAUCUCUCUGAAUCCUUUUAACUAUGUUGCUUCUUUGUGUUCUUUGCUCUUUUGCAUGAUUUAAAUUGCUGUUACUAAUUUUUUCAUUGUUAUUUUAUAAGCUGCUAGCACUGUGGGUCAAGAGGAAAAGUAAUUUCAUCUGUGCUGCAUGUCAUGUGUAUGCAGCUUAUUUGACAACAAAGCUGACUUUGACUUUUCUUAUUGAAGAGUUUUUCUAUGUUUUUCCAUCCAUGUUUUUACCAGAGUUGUUCAUCUUUAACUCUCCCAUAUGGAACUUAACUAUCUCUUCACCAACGACAUCCCUGAGCUUCAGAAAGAAGCAUUUUCUAAAUGUUCCAGAGUCUCUGUCCUGGACUUUUAGGAACUGAUCCUUCCAGAAUGUGAAUGUGGAUUUGAGCUUCUUCAUGGUCUACAUCUGCAGUUUUCAUUGAAUCAGCUUCUCUAGUUUCAGAAACACAAACUGCUCUGGUUCAGAGAAAUGUUCUGUUCAGACAGAAUGGGAUUGAAACCCAAAGUGUGGUUUUCUCAGAGGAGCAGAGAUCUUUCUGCUUCUGUUUGACUGCAUGAAAGCAGCAGAGACCAGAAGUGAGACAGAAACUCUGAGAGUGGAAGUGAGCUCUGAAUGCUGAAUGUGUCUGUGUUUGGACUCCCAGCAGAACUGUGCUGCUCUCUCAUGUUCCUGUGGUUUCAGGAGGAGCAGAAGAAAACAGACUGAUGGACUUCAGGAUAACUGAACACGUGCACAACUCUACAUUUCCUCUUUCAUGCUGUCACUUCCUGCAUGAAUCUUUCAUCUAAUAACUGCAGGAAUAUUUGUCAUUUUCUUCUCUCAUUUCACACAGCAGUUCACCAAGUUCCUCCACUGCAGACAGAGACAGUCAUGUUGAUCUGAACAUUAGAGAAACUCAUCAUGGAGCUGAAAUAUGAUCCUGAUUCACUCAGAUGACACUUUAACAGCACACAGGUUUUUGGAGCACACUUUCUCACUGUGUGAGUCGGGCUAUGGGUCCAUCAUCUUUGGAUCUGGAACUGGACUGUUUGUAACGGAUGAGUCCGUAGUGAAGCCCGUGGUGAGCGUGUACCCAGCAGCAUCCAGAGUCCAUGUGGAGGGGAGCAGCUCCCUGCUGUGUCUGGCCUCAGCCAUGUUUCCUCCUGUGGUCCAGUUCUCCUGGAAAAGACAGAAGAACAACGGACCACUGGAGGACCUGACCUCUGAAGAGCAGCUGGAUCUCACAGAGUCGGGACGCAGCGCCUCCAUCCUGCUGCUCCAUCAGCAAGAGGACAGCUCCUAUAAAUACAUCUGCUCCGUCAAACAUGAGGGGGGCACAGUGGAGGCCCAAACACAACAAGAGGUUCCUGCACUUCCAGCUGCAGGUUCCACAGCAGCUCCAACAUCCCAUCCAGCAGCUCCAACAUCCCAUCCAGCAUCUUCCAGCAUUCUAGCAGAGGGAACAGCCUCUGUUCCUCCUCUGGACCUGGUGGAGCUGUCCUUCCAGUCUGAGUGCAGGGUGAAGCUGCUCUGCCUGCUGUACUCAGUGCUGAUAGUGAAGAGUCUGGUGUACUGCUGUGGACUCUCUCUGCUGAUGAUCCUCAGAAACAAGGGAGCAUCCACCAACUCCAGACAUGCUGAAUGACUGUUUUCUGCUCGUCUUUUCUCUCCAUCAAAUCUCCUCCUUUCAUCUCAUUCAUCACUUUGAUCACAGUUCUCAAAUGUUUUUUAUGACUUGCUGUAGAUCUUUAUGAUCUACUCUGUGGAGUUGUAGCUUUGCUGUCUUCUGCUUCAUAGUUGAACAUUCUUUCAUGCACAGUAUUCCAUAUCUUCCUUCCAACAAUAUUCUCAAUAAACAUGCUGUCUGACUGUU